AUGCCACCCCAGGCGAGACCACAGAGCGAAGGUGUUGUCCGCCAACGCCCGCGCGUCGGCUCGCGCACCCGUAACAUCGAAGACGUGUACGAUGCAAAAUAUGCCGUGGAUCUCGCAACCACUACCGUUGACGAGAAUGUCUUCCUCUUCGUCCCCAACCUCAUCGGCUAUGCGCGCGUCAUCCUCGCAGGUGUGAGCUUGUACUACAUGCCGGUCCGCCCGCUGCUGUGUACGACCAUCUAUGGUAUCUCGUGCCUACUCGACGCAGUGGACGGGCAGGCUGCACGCGCACUCGGCCAGUCGUCCAAGUUUGGCGCCGUGCUUGACAUGGUCACGGACCGCUGCACGACGGCGUGCCUCCUCUGCUUCCUCGCCAUCAAGUACGCCCAGUACCCGUCCAUGGUCAUCACGCUCCAGUUUCUCCUCGCGCUCGACUUUGCAAGCCAUUACAUCCACAUGUACUCCUCGCUCGUUACCGGCUCGUCGUCGCACAAGAAGGUCACGGAGGACGUCUCGCGCAUCCUGUGGCUGUACUACAACAGCAAGGUUACGCUCUUCACCUUCUGCUUCUGCAACGAGCUCUUCUUUGUCGCGCUCUACCUCAUGGCAUUCAUCGACACACCCAUCUCCGAUUCGAUCUGGCUUACUUGGCCCCAGCUCCUCGCCAUUCUCAACUUCCCCAUCAUGUUUGGCAAACAGGUUAUCAACUGCGUUCAGUUCUGGAAGGCGUCCAAGAUUCUCGUCGGUAUCGACCUCAUUGAGCGCCAGCAGGCGCGUGCGGCUGCCCUGAGAGCUUCCACAGCGCAGGCCAUCGUCGAGUAG